CCCCGUUUACCUGUACCUCCUUCCCAUCACGUCCAAAUAUGUUCUAGAUAGUUUUUACCCAAGAAUUCUAAAUCGUCUAGGAUAUUUUUCAAUUCUUCUUAAAUUGCAAAAAUAUAACAGAUACGGUAUCCAGCCAACUUCAAAUACGCCCAUGCCUUCUUGUCAGCAAUAGGCCUAUUCAUGCCAAAGUUUAGGUUGGGUGAGGAUACCAAUGCAAUUAUUCUUCCCGCCAUUUUCCUUUUAUUACGUAGACAAACAGAAGCUGUUUUUAUUCAAAAUGGCGACGGAAAUACCAACGGAGUCAUUUCAUCAACACUCACAUAUUGGACUGAAAUCGGAACCAGUCGUUCUCGAGGACAAGCAUUUAGAAAAUAUAAAGAUAGGAACAGCUAGACCACGCGGGAUUCUAGCGAUACACCUCAAACAAUGUAAAUUGAAGACAGCGGUGUUAGAAACGGAUGUAUUUCACAAAAGAUCUCCACAUGCUCCCCCUCCCAAUCCGAAUAUGUACUUCAAGAUUCAAGUCGGAGACGAUAUAAAACAGACAAGUGUCAUUCCAAACAUGCUCGGCAAACAUCAGCACGCGCUGGACGAAUUAAAACAUUUUUCGCUCAAAAUUGACACCAACAGACGAGAUCUCUCAAACCGUAUACUUAUUAGCCUGGUAUGUUUCGAGGGGAAACAGAUUCAGCGCAUCAUUGCUAAGGUCGAGCUCCAUUUGUACGAUAUUGUUAAGAACUUGUUUGUAGCUGAAACAUAUGGUUUAAAACGUAGGGACAAGGCUAUAGGGACUAUAGAUGCCGAAUUCUGUUUUGCAUACGGUCGAUUUGGAUACGGCUAUAGCUCUCAGUUGGAGAACACCCAAAAGAUUCCCGCCGAUCAAAUCCGUCAUUCGAUGUUUUAUCGACCCAAACCUCCAACCGAUCGAUGCAUGGAUGAUAUUGAUGUACUCACGUGCGUACCGAUUGGUCAUCCUAGUUACAUUAACUUUACUCAGAAGGCGGAGAUCGGUAAUAUUGGCUUAGAUAUUCAAUCUGAACAGACUCUAAGGAAAUGUUUCGCUUACGAAGAGCCGGUACUUUUAAUGUCGAAAAUCCGAAAGGGAAUGACAAAAUUACAGAGGAAGUACUGUGAGUUUGAUAGCCGACAGUCGCGGCUUAAAUUUCUCAAUGAUUUGGUAUCGCAUAAGCACAGCAACGAUAUGCAUGAAACCGUCGUAGUUCCAAAGGAUAAAUCAGAAAAUGGAACGGGAGCACGUCCCAAAACUGUCUUAAUUAAUGUUGAUGAUUAUGACGCUAAGGGAAGAGGUUUGGACAAAGAUACUUCUUCAGCUGGAGAUGAUCACGAUGAGGAUCGAAUGUCGGAUUUGGACGAAGUUAGAAAUGUGGUCCAGUUAGCGCCUGGUAUAACAUCGCGUCCGACGAAUAUAAGAUCUUCAGAAUAUGCUAGAUUAAAAAUUUCUGAGCAAGAAGAGAACGAUCGAUUGGAACGUUUACGUGCUAUUGAGUCGGCGAAAGUGGAAGAAGGAACGUCAUCCUCUGCUGAAGAAGUUGAGAUCAAAGCACCUGAAAAAGUAUCCAAACUGCUCUGGAUAAUUGACGCGUUUAAGCCUAAGAAGCGCAUUAGUCCAAGUCCAACUGAAUCGAAUGACCCUGAAAAUGCGGCACCUGCUGUCAACCCAUUUAUGGAGCGAUUGCGUUCCAAACGUGCUGCAGCUGCCCUGGCAGCUGAUUCUACAUCUACAGAUGAGGCAAUCGUGAAGAGCACCCUCCUAGCACCGCCUAAACUUUUACUGAAUCCUGCCACACCGGAACAAUCUGGAUCAGAAUCUGACGUCUCCAAUGAUGAAUAACAUACUCUGUAUUAAUUGUAAUGUACCGCACUUAUUGCAAUGCAUUGCAUUUAUUAUAAAUCACAGGGAGACAUUAGUGCGUUCAUUAAAAAUAGAACUUAAACUGGCAAAACAGUUGAGAUUUAAAAAUUAAAUAUCAAGAUUAA